UUCCAAAUCCAUCGAUGGUGUUUUGGUGGAGCUUUACGCAAUCCCAUUAUACCAACUAUCCAUGGAUUCCUGUUCCUGAGCCCCACCUCCUCGGUCUCCACAAUUCUCCUUCCACUGCAUUUCAUUUUCUUCUUUAAAGUUCCUGGCGGUGUCGAAUCCUACACUUUCUCUUGCUUUGCGAAGGAAAAGAAAAUGAGACACAUUGCAUGCACCUCCUAUCGCAAUCGGAUGCGCUUCGUUUCCGACAGCUGAAAACAGGGUGGAGAAAGAUUUGGGAUUUUCUCUCGGGGUGUGCCGUCUCGCUUCUCGGACUUCGGGAGGAAAAAUUCCAUGGGAAACGUCGUGAGUAGCGGCGUGAACGGCCCUCGGAGACACCGGAGCCGUCGGAGCCACCCUCCUCCGCCUCCCCCGGCGCCGCCUCAGCCGGAGAUAUCGGCCAACCGUUACGUGUUCGUCGCCGCCGCCACACCGUAUCCAAACCCUAGCCACCCUCACCUCCCGUACUCCCAAUACCCAGGCUACUAUGGCCCUCAGCCACCGGCCGUUCCGGCGUCUCUACCGGCUCCGUACGACCACCACCACCGAGGUGGGCCUCAUGCCCAUCCCCACCUAGACCCGUCCCAGGCCCAGGCCCAUUGGGUCGGCGGGAGUUACCCGGGUCCUCCGACCCCCUAUGUCGACCACCAGAAGGCUGUUACUAUACGGAACGAUGUUAAUCUGAAGAAAGAGACUCUGAGGAUCGAACCGGACGAGGAAAAUCCCGGCCGGUUUCUCGUAUCGUUCACCUUCGAUGCCACUGUUACCGGGCGCAUCACCAUUAUUUUCUUUGCAAAAGAAGAAGGUGGAGACUGUAGCCUGACACCAAAGAAGGAAAACCUUCUUGCACCAGUGACAGUAAAUUUCCAACAAGGUCUGGGCCAGAAGUUCAGGCAGUCCUCUGGAACUGGGAUUGACUUCUCAAUGUUUGAGGAGACAGAGUUACGGAAGGUGGGUGAUAUGGACGUCUACCCUUUGGCAGUUAAGGCAGAGGCAAUUCCAGUUAUCAAGAAUGGUACAGAUGGAAACCCAAUACCUGCAACCACAAACUCUCAGAUAACUCAGGCGGUGUUUGAGAAGGAGAAAGGUGAAUACCGGGUGAGGGUAGUAAAGCAGAUCUUGUGGGUCAAUAGAAUGAGGUAUGAGCUGCAGGAGAUAUACGGGAUUGGCAAUUCGGUUGAGGGUGACUUGGAUGGGAAUGACCUGGGAAAAGAAUGUGUCAUCUGCUUGUCAGAACCCCGGGACACAACCGUCCUUCCCUGCAGACAUAUGUGUAUGUGCAGUGGAUGUGCUAAGGUUUUAAGGUUCCAGACAGACCGGUGCCCAAUAUGCAGACAAUUAGUUGAGAGGCUUUUGGAGAUUAAGGUCACCAAUGAAUCUGAGGAAUGAAAAGAGGAUAUAUAUAUAUAUAUUCGGCCACUCGAAUGCUGUAUAGCCCGGUUGUUGUAUUUCUUUCCUUUUUCUAUUUUCUUCUUUUACAUCUUUGGUUUUAGAAUUAUCAAAAGAGAAUAUAUAUUUGAUAAGCAGUUUGGCAUGGUAACAUGCUGGCACUGCCUUCUGUAUGCUUGGGUGAGUGUUUUGUGUCAAUUCCUCGAAAAUAUAUGUAUAUGAUACAUGCUUGCUGCAUUUUAUUUUUGGUUUUC